AUGGAUAAGCUGAGUGGGAACAAUGCGACUGUAACGAACAGCUCCAUAGACAAGUGGUCAUUCAGUGAUCGGGGCUCGUUCCAACACCUGGACCCCGGGGAGCUGAGGGUCUUACUGCCGGCUAUCCUGGGAGUCAUCUGUGUCUUGGGUGUUGCUUGUAAUCUCACUGCGAUGGUCAUCUUGUUCUCCAAUGCACAUAAGGGCAAACUGUCUCUCAUCAACUCCCUCAUCUUCAACCUGAUGUUUGCUGACGGGCUGGUGCUGGCGUUUACCAUGCCUUUCAGGGCUGCUGCUUACUCCAAGGCCAGUUGGAAUCUGGGUUGGGUGGUGUGCAAGACAGCGGACUGGUUCCUCCAGUCCUGCAUGGCUGCAAAGAGCUUCACAGUGGCAGUCAUGGCCAAAGCUUGCUACCGAUACGUAUCCAAUCCCACCAAGCAGGUGAGCGUUCAUCUGGGCUCCAUCCUGGUGGUGCUCUUCUUCAUCUGGCUGUCCGCCUGCUCUGUCACCAUCCCUCACUGGCUGUUUGCUACGCUGCAGAGGGAGAUCCGUGGGGUGGUGUGUGUGCUGAUGGUUCCCCCUGAAGCCCGGGAUUUCAUGACUGUGUACGUCAAAGCAUACCCCCUGGGGGUGUACUGUGCACCUCUCAGCUUUGCCCUGAUGUACUUCUGGAAGGCUUACGGCCAGUGCCAGCGCCGCUCCAGCAAGACUCAGAAUCUGCGUACACAGAUCAGAUCCAGGAAGCUCACCUUGAUGUUAUUCAGCCUGACGGUGGCUAUGGCUAUUCUCUGGCUUCCUCAGUGGGUGGUGUGGGUUUGGGAGCGUCAUAUAGCAGAGAAAGAAAUUGAGGGAGCUCAGCCUCUCAUCUCUUCUCCUCCCCUUCUUCUAACCCUCUCCGCACAGCUGCUCACCUUCUCUCUGUCGCUGGUGAACCCUCUCAUCGUCCUCUCCCUCUCCGAGGAGUUCAGAGAGGGUUACAGGGGGCUGUGGAGGCGCCUCACCCUGCGCAAACAACCUCCACCAAAGCCAAAGCCUGGACCUCACAACCCUACCACCCUCCAGUCGCCUUGCCCCAGACCAGAGACCUCAGGCCAGCUGAGGGGGGAGAGGAGCCUUCGAUCAAGCCCCAGCCAGGGUCCCAACAGAGACGCUCAACCCCAGCCAGAGCAAAGUGGAGGACUCGGAGGAGGAGGAGGGAAAGAAGUAGACAGGGUGAGCCUCAAAGAUGGGAUUGUCUUGCCCGAUGUGGAGCAGUUCUGGCACGAGAGGGAGACAGGAUCGAACACAGAGGAAAAUGAUCCUGUGCCGUGGGAGCAUCAGAGCAAAGACGGAAAAAAAUAA